CAUCUUUUUUUUUUUUUUAUUUCCCAAACCCUCGCACUCCAGCUCUACAUUCUUCAUAUUUCAGAAAAAUGGCACAACAAGAGUACAGACCUAGCAGCCCUCCUCGGGUGAUGAUUGUCGGCGCAGGCAUCGCAGGUGUAUUCCUAGCCAUCCUCCUCGACCGCGCCAACAUCCCUUAUGAGAUUUUUGAGCGUGCAACGUCUGUGAAACAACUUGGUGCUGUCAUGUCCCUGAAUGUGAAUAUCCUGCCGGUGUUUGAACAGCUGGGGCUGUAUGAUGAGCUGAUGAAGAUCAGCUUCAUAAGCCCAGGGAUGCACGUCUACAACGAGAACAUGAAGAAGAUUGCUUACCGAGGCAACGAGGGAAUCAAAGAAGCUGUCGGCUACGACUAUAUCGUCUUCUCGCGCCCAAAGCUGUAUGACCUUUUGUUGUCCAAGCUUGUUCCUAACAAAGUCCAGUUUGGCAAGAAGGCUCUCUCGGUCAAGCACCCUCAAGAGGGUGGUGUCGUCAUCACCUUUUCCGACAACACUUCCUACAUCGGCGACAUCCUCGUCGGCGCAGAUGGUGCCUAUAGUGCUGUGCGACAGAACCUUUACAAGUCCCUGGCCGAGAAGGACGAAUUGCCCCUCAAGGACGCCCAAGGCCUCAAGAUCGGCUACAUGACCAUGGUCGGAACCACGGAUCCAUUGGAUGAAGAAAAGUAUGAGGCCCUGAAGGACAACUUCACGCAUUUUUCCUUCAUCAUAGGCAAAGGAAAGCCAUACACGUGGAGCGUCUUCACAGUUCCCGAGAAGCGCGUCUGCUGGGGUGUUCAGAUUCAGCUGUCCCAGGCCACUGCCGAGGACAAGUCCUUCAGGAACACCGAGUGGGGUCCUGAGGGUAACGAGGUCAUGAUCAAGGAGAUCCGCGAUUUCGCGACACCCUAUGGUCCCCUUGGUCAAUUCAUUGACAUGACACCUAGAGACCGCAUCUCCAAGGUCUUCUUGGAGGAAAAGAUGUUCGAGACCUGGUACUACGGUCGCGCCGUUCUCAUCGGCGAUGCCGCCCACAAGAUGCUCCCAAGCGCGGGUCAGGGUGCCGUGAACGCGAUGCAGGACGCGGUCAUCCUCGCCAACUGUAUCUACGACAUUGCACACGAUCCCAGCAGCGAGAACGUUACCGCGGCCUUCAAGGACUUUAAGGAGCAGCGAUACCCUCAUGUCCUGCAACAGUUCGACAUCAGCAAGACCACAGCAAAGGUCAUUUACGGCCAGACUUUGAGCGAACGUAUUUUGCGCCAAAUCGUGUUUGGAUGGCUCCCUCAGUCGAUGCUGCACAAAGACACUAUCAGGGCUGCAGCCUACCGUCCUCAAUGCUCAUACCUCCCCUUGACGCCUCACCAUGGUACAUGCUUCGUCCUACCCCAGAAGCCUUCGAAGCGGUAUCAAGAGGAGCAACAGAAGAAGGCUCAGAAGUGAAAAAGUAGUUUCUAG